AUGGUACAGCUGUCCCGACGUGAACGUAAAGAACAGUACUUCAAGAAGUUCUCAACGAUUCUCCACAACUAUGAACGUUGCUUUGUUGUGUGCGCUGAUAAUGUCAGAUCUACUCAGAUGCAACAAAUCCGAGGUGCCCUUCGGGGUUCGGCUGAAAUUAUUUUCGGCAAGAACACUCAAAUGAAAAAGGUUAUUAACAAUCAGUUGGUGCGAGAUUCCCGUUUGGAGAAACUGCUUCCCCUUUUGAAGGAGAAUGUUGGUCUCGUCUUCACCGUGCGGGAUCUUGGGGAGGUGCGUAGAGCUCUUGAGAGUAAUCGCCUUGAAGCACCAGCCAAAGCCGGCACAAUUGCACCCUGUGAUGUUACAGUUCCUGCUUUAAACACUGGACUCGGUCCCGAGAAGACCAGUUUCUUCCAGGCUCUGAACAUUCAAACCAAGAUCACUAGGGGUACUAUCGAAAUCCUCAACGAUGUUCCUCUUAUCAAGAAGGGUCAGAAGGUUGGUCAGAGUGAGGCCGUGCUGCUGAAAAUGCUGAAGAUUAAUCCCUUUGACUAUGGCUUACAGAUCCGUCAGGUCUUCGAUCAAGGCUGUGUUUAUGGGCCGGAAGUUUUGGAUAUCACA